UGUGUGCUGGGAGCAUGGCCUGGCACUGGGGGCUCCUGCUGGCUUGGGUCUGCCUGCUUCACAGUGCGGUGGCUCUUCUAGAGGAAGAAACUAUAACUCAUUUUCCAGAGAUUAGAGAUGGGGAGUGUGUCUUUCCAUUCUACUAUAAAAACGGAACACACUAUGACUGCAUCAAGGGCAAGGCAAAACACAAAUGGUGCUCAUUAAACGAGACUUACAAAGGAUACUGGAAGUAUUGCGCUAGAGAAGAUUUUGCAAGCUGUGUAUUUCCCUUCUGGUACAGACGCUUGAUCUACUGGGAGUGUACAGAUGAUGGGAAUGCAUUCGGGAGGAAAUGGUGUUCACUGACCCAGAAUUUUAACAAGGACCGAGUUUGGAAAUAUUGUUAAUGAUGGUGGGUGUGUUGGUGGGUGUGGAAGAAGAACAGAGGGCUGAGGAUAGAGUAUGUACAAAAGAAAGAUCCAUGAGGAUAAACAAGGAGCCGGAAGUGAAUAAAUGCCAAAGAUGGCGGUGAAGAAAAGGAGAAGGAAGUAGAGGCCCAACACACCGGAAGUCCCACCUGAUUUUGACUUCUUCCCGCUGCGUCGGAGCAGUGGCGGGAACACUAACAAGAUGGCGCCCUCCUGCAUGCACUUGGCUCACUUAUUUCUCUUGUGAUAUCCAAUAAAGAGU